CUGACAAGUAUGUCCAUGCGCUGUUUCAAGUAUACAUCCUGUUGACAAACAUACCUAUAUAUAUAUAUAUAUUUAUAUACCAGCCGUAUAGAUGACACCUGCGUUCCGUUGCUGAUGGAGCCAGGGGACACAGUCUUCUUCCACCCUUUACUGAUUCAUGGCUCUGGUUUCAACAAAUCAACGAAAGCGAGAAGAGCCAUUUCCACUCACUACGGCGGUGCUGACUGCCACUACAUAGAUCAUAAAG